UUAAUUAAUAAUUUUGUUCAAAAACAUUUUUUAUAAUUAAUGUUGUUUGUAAAUUUAAUUUUAUAUGAUCCUAUUCUAUAGUAAUUUAUAAUAUUAUUGAACAGUAUGUAUUAAUUUUUUAUUACAUGGUUUUAUGAUCUUAAUUUUUAAUAGCAUCGGACAGUGGUAAUGAGUAAUGCACAAUCUAGUGAGCCUGAAAAUAGAGUCACAAACUAUCUACUGAGCCUGAAAAACUAAAAUUCAUUGCGAACUCUAACAAUAUACGCGAUGUAUUAACCACGUGUUAGUGGUCCGUUAGUGGUCCAGUUGUUAAACUCAACCUGGGAAGUCAUGGAUUCGAAUACCGCUAGGAGGUGAUUAUUUUGAGGGACCUUCGGACCUAAUACAGAGAAGCCUGCUAACGUGUGGUCACUGGUGGGAUUUAAUGGGGGUGAUCACCAGCCCUCCUAGAUGCUUCAGCAGGCUUCCUAACUAAGCUCCGGUGGACGAUCAUUGGCGCUUGUCGAUCCUCUCGAGGUUCCGGAUACCAGAAUCAUCAAAAAAAAAUAUACGCGAAGUGCUUUGUGACAACAGUGCGAAGGUGUUAUUUUAUUUAUUUGGUGGUAUUUCAGAGAAAUUUCCUAUGAUGGUUUUUUAGUUUUUUUUUUACCAAAAAGGCUCAAAAAGUUUCAUUAAACAGUAAAUACACUUAUACUCAUAGUGUUAACUAAUAUAUAUACUUAUGCUUUAGAGUUAAGAUGUGAAGUUUUGGUUGUGAGGUUAAAUUUUUUUAAAUAAAUAUUAAAAAUAAAAAAUAAAAUUUUUAAAAUACUUUCAAAAACCAUUUUCGAAUUUUUAAAAAGAAAUUUGAAAGAACAGUUUCAAAACAGCUUCAAAAAGAAUUAUAAAAAGUUCAAAAUUGAAAAUAUAUAAUCCGAUACUAUACAAUUUUUAUUUAUAUUUAUAUAUCUAUAAUAAAAUUUCUUUUAGUCUUUUUUUUUUCUUUAAAAUUCUUUUGGUGAUAAAAAUUUAAAAAUAGCUAUUUGAGAUCAUUGUCAUAUUUCUUAAUCUGCUCCAUAAAUUUAAUGCAUGUCAUUCAAUAAACAACUAUACUUUUAUUUGCGUAAUUCGCAGAAUUUAUUAUCUCAUUAAAAAUAUUAUAAAUUUAAAUGAUAAAUAGUAUAUUAAAAAUUACAUUAUUGCACUUUUAUUAUAUAUGGAGAAUUUCAGUUCGGAUCUUAAAUUUUGAUUAUAAUAUAAAGUUGUAUUUUGAGAUGUUAAACAUAUUUUACGUUUAUCCACGUAAAAGAAAAUUUUAAUAUAAAUUCAAAAUAGGUUUAUGAGUUCUAAUAUGUGUUAUAAGUUGUAACAUAGGAUCAUAUUUUUUUAGUUUUAAAAUUUUUAUGUAUAAAUAUAAUUAUGUUAGAACUGGUUAUUAAACCAUUUUGUAUUACUGUAAACUCAUUUUUUUUGCCAAAUUGUAAAUUCAUUUUUAAUGUUAUGUAAUAGUCGCAUAAAUUUAAUUAGUUCCAACCUGAACUAAACUGAAAAUCUGAUGGAGCUUCAUUUUUAGUGUUGUCGGAGAAGAGCCAUGUCCGCCGUGUCUUUGAUAGAACGACAGCAGGUAAAAUGGAAUAAACUUACGUCUUUAUUACCCAAACUAACCGAAGCUCUUCCACGCCUUAACAAUCUCUUGAAACUCUGUGCUAACUCAAGUUAUCUGAAGACUGGCGAAUCCAUUCACGCUCAUCUGAUCGUCAAGGACCUAUUAUCUCGACCUGAGGACGCGUGGCAGAUCAACUCUCUGAUUAAUUUCUACGCUAAACGCGGGGAAGCUCAUCGUGCACGCAAGCUGUUCGACUCAAUGCCUGAGAGAAACGUUGUUUCUUGGUGUACUUUGAUGAAAGGCUAUCAAGAUUCCGGGUCCGACUCCGAAGUUUUAAAGCUUUUCAAAAGCAUGCUCCUUUCUGGGGAACCGCAACCUAACGAGUUUGUAGCCACUGUAGUUAUCAAAUCUUGUUCAAGCUCUAUGAGAAUCAAAGAAGGUAAGCAGUGUCAUGGAUGUUUUCUCAAACAUGGUUUGACGUCGCAUGAUUAUGUACGUAACACUCUUCUCUACAUGUAUUCUUCAUGUUCUGGAACGAGAGAGGCUAUCAGAUUACUUUUGGAUGAUCUUCCGUAUUGUGAUCUUCUUGCUUUCAACUCCGCUCUCAGUGGAUACUUAGAGCAUGGUGGUGCUUUAGGAGAAGCCCUUGAGGUUUUGAGAAAAAUGGCUACUGAAGAAGAUUUGGUGUGGGACGAAGUUACGUAUAUGUCUUCUUUAAAGCUUUGCUCUAGCUUCAGAGACUUAAACAUGGCUCGGCAGAUUCAUAGCCGAAUGGUACGGCUUGGAUUCCACUGUGGUGAUGUUAAUGUAAGUGGUGCACUCAUAAACAUGUAUGGCAAAUGUGGUAAACCCUUAUACGCUCAGAGAGUUUACGACGGCACGCACUCUCGAAACAUCGUCUUGAACACGUCCCUCAUGGAUGCUUACUUCCAGAGCAAGUCUUACGAGGAGGCUCUGAAUCUGUUUGCAAAGAUGGAAAAUAGAGAGGAGGCUCCACCUAACGAGUUCACCUUUGCUGUUUUGUUAAACUCAGUCGCAGAGCUGUGUCUUCUGAAACACGGCGGUCUUCUACACGGCCUUGUCGUGAAAUCCGGUUUUAGGAGCCAUGUAAUGGUUGGCAACGCGUUGGUUAACAUGUACGCUAAGAGCGGCAGCAUCCAGGACGCGUGGAAAGCAUUCUCAGGAAUGAAUUUUAGAGAUAUUAUUACUUGGAACGUAAUGAUAUGUGGAUUCUCACAUCAUGGACUAGGGAAAGAAGCGCUUGAGGUCUUUGAGGAGAUGAUGGUAGCGGGAGAGGUCCCUAACCGCAUAACUUUCGUCGGCGUUUUGCACGCUUGUAGCCAUAUGGGUUUCGUGGAGCAAGGUCGUUACUACUUUCACCAUUUGAUGAAACGGUUUAACGUUGAGCCUAAUUUGCAGCAUUACACAUGCGUCGUUGGGCUUUUGAGCAAGGCUGGAUUGUUUGAGGAGGUUGAGAGUUUCAUGAGAGAAGCUCCGGUCCAAUGGGAUGUUGUUGCAUGGAGUUCUUUGCUAAACGCUUGUUACGUUCGCCGGAACUACAGUUUAGGGAAAAAGGUUGCGGAGUACGCCAUCGAGAUGUAUCCGAACAACUCAGGGAUUUACAUAUUGUUGUCUAAUAUCCACGCCAAGUCAAAAGAGUGGGACGGUGUGGCGAGAGUGCGUUCUCUGAUGAAGGAGAGGCGAGUUAAGAAGGAGCCUGGAGUGAGCUGGAUAUGUAUUCGGAACCAAACGCAUACGUUUCUCUCGGAGGAUAACCAACACUCGGAGAUUGUGCUGAUUUACGCAAAGGUGAAGGAGGUUUUGUCGAAGAUUAGGCCGUUGGGGUAUUCUCCUGAUGUUGCUGGGGGUUACCAUGAUGUAGACGCAGAGCAGAGUGAGAGCAACCUCUGUUAUCACAGCGAGAAGCUAGCUGUGGCGUAUGGUCUGAUGAAAACUCCGGAGAACUCGCCAUUGUACGUGACUAAGAACGUGAGGAUAUGUGAUGAUUGUCACUCUGCGAUCAAGCUUAUCUCGAGGCUCUCGAACCGGUUGAUAGUUGUCAGAGAUUCCAACCGGUUCCACCAUUUCAAAGAUGGUCAGUGUUCUUGUUGUGAUUACUGGUGAAGACUUAAAAGUUGUCAAUCAUUAUUUUAUAGGUGUAAAUAGUGUCUACUAGUUCUUUUUUUUUUUAGGUUUCAGGCUUAACCUCUUCAUGUAUGUGACAAUAGUCUAUAGUAGCUUUUGAUAUUAAAGUUUGAUAAUUAUUACAAGAAACUAUGAUUUCAGGAGAGAUUGUUCUCCAUGAA